CUACCCCUUGGAUUGGAGAUCGAGCCACUGCCUAAAAAGGCCUGAUUUCUGAAUAGAGGGGAAAACCACCAAACAAUCGUCAUUUUGUGUUGGUCACGCAACGUUCUCGGAUGGAGAACAGGGCGGUUGGGGCUCCCUGUGGUGCCUGGCUACGUAGUUCAUGCGUCACGUUCACCAAGCAUAACAAAAAGAAAACUUCGAUCGCUGAACUAUGGAGGCUUCGAAAACUCGACUGUUUUUCCACUAUUCCUGCUCUAUGAUUCAUCUUAUCGGCAUUAGUUACCACUGUAUGGAGGUCCAUCUUCCAACUUACUCUCUCUUCGGCGGUAGAUUCAGGUUUCUGACGUUCAUAAAUAUGGUUUGGCAGUGGUUGUUCUUCACUAUUUUAGCUGUCUUAGAAUUCCAAGCCUUGACGAAAAAGCGGAAACACGAACUUGUGGCAUCUCUCUGUGACUUUCUCUAUGCUGGAUGGACCUUUCCUCUUGGCAUAACAGUAGCUGCUUUAUUCUGGGGACUUUGUAUAAUCGAUCCGCAUGCGAUCCAGUCGAAAGAGGACUUAGAACAAAUCCCGUUAUGGCUCAACCAUUACAUGCACUCAUUCCCUGGCCUUUCGGUUAUUCUGGAAACAUUUCUCUUCAAGCAUGAGUACCCAACCAGAUCUAAUGGUCUGAAGGCAGUGUUUGGCCUUACUCUGGGAUACACCGCUUGGAUGGUGGUUAUUUUUUGCAUGGGAGGCAUCUGGGUUUACCCUUUUAUGCGAAAACUCAAUAUUCUACAAUUAGUGUUGUUCUUUACUGGGGCGUAUUUACUGGUGGCCGUUGUGUAUUUCCUAGGAGAAGUCUUGUCUAAAUUCGGUGGCUUUCUAGAACGACCGGGACCAAAAAAAGAUACUUAAAGUCACUUAAAGUAAUUUGACAAAUCAUCUUGUUAUGCCUAAUAUUAUUAAGUUCUGAGCAAGCAUUUCAAACAUUCAUUAUCUUGAUUCCAAUGUACAUUUACUGUAAUUACUAUUCCAUUGGACAUUCUCCUAAUCCACCCCGGGAUACAGUACAGUGCAAUGAACUUUACUUUCCUUCUAAAAAGGGGAGUGUAUCAAAUAUAAUGCCAUAGAGAAUAUUUAGUCUCCCACGCAGCGGCUCUUUAAUUUGGUCAUUCAACAGAAGCCAGUUCUUUGAGUCUGUCACACAAUGGAAGAGUUGCGGACCAACACAAAGAAUGGCUGCGUACGACAUACAGCAUCCAAAAAAAAAUUGAAACAUUUCUAGCCCGCCAAAAUAUGACCUUAGAUCCUUGACCCUAAAAUUCAAUACCCGCAAAAGUACUUAAAACUUUUUUCAGAUACCAAUUAGAAAAUAAUGAGUUUAAACUUCAUUGUGAUAAAAAUGUACCUAGCUAUAUAAUAAAGCAUCCUUUUGUCUCUUUUCUC